CCGAAGCCGACAGAGAAGACAAUUCCAAAGAUCGAGCGAAGGAGAAAACACGGGAAAUCCAUCAGACAGUACAGAGAUGAGCACAAACACAGUUUACUACUGGGCACUCCUGGUACUCUUUCUUAUCCAAGUUCAAGCCAGACCCAGACCACAAAACGGUCUCCAGACUUUGUCCAAGCUGUUGGAAAGACAGGUUGAGCACUAUCUGUUACAAGAAGAUUUAGAGGACAGAGCAGACGAGACAUCUCCAGUUGGCAUCUCACUCGACCUGCAAAAUGGCCAGCGUAGCUGGAACCAGAACUUGCAGGACCUCGGAAGUCAAUACAGGGUUCCUGACGGUUCCCUUAUACAACUCCUCAGUGACAUUGCCAACAGUCCCUUGAGAUUAAAGACUAGAAGCAAGAAGGGGUCAACAGGAGGAUGCUUUGGAGUGAAAUUGGAUAGAAUUGGUGCAAUGAGUGACUUGGGAUGCUAACCAUUUAAGCGGAGAGCUUCGCUGACAAUGCCGGACAGCAAGGACAACCUAAUUAUGGCUCUAUCCACGUUUCAAAGUUUGCUUCAGCUUAAGCUGUUUCGACUCGUGUUCCACAAAGUCCGUGUUGAAUUCUAGUGGCUCGCUGUAGAAUGUUUACAAGUUCAUUUACUGAUAACCGUACUUAAUAGGAUGAUGUAAACGCUAUCAAUUUUAUGAUUACUGGAUGAAAGGGUAUUUAUAUUAAUUUAAGAGAAACAUAUUUAUUUAUAAACUUUUGUUUCUGCUCCGUAUUCAUAUAUUUGCUGGGAUGCGAAUGACUGUACAAUUUAUCUGGGAAUGUUAAAUAGGUUCUUUGUUUGAAAUACUACUGGAAAUAUAUUAUUUUGUACUCUUCUACCGCUGAUGAAAUUUGUUUCACAAUAGCCUCAGAACUGUAAAAUAAGUAAUAUAUUUAUCCCCUUUUAGUAUCGCUUUAUUUAGUGGUAUAUUAAAGACACUGAAUAGCUCCCUUGUUUGACGAAGGUGGUGCGUUAAAGAGCAAUGGUACGCCUCCAUGUCAUCCAUUGCUGAGCGGGUAUGUAAUAGAAUCACAAAGCAUUGUAAAUCGCAGAAUUAGACAACCUAUCGUUCGCAUCAACGUUCACGUUAGAAAUGAUAAUGUACUCAUUCCAGAGUAGUGAGAUUUUUGUUGUUUUAACAUUCCUCAUUACUAGAGUCAAAUAAAACGAAAUUGCAGCAUGA